AUGGUUGAACAUCUGUCGCCGGACCUCCUCCUAGCUCGCCUAGCCAGCGGCAAAGGAAAUGGCUCCAGGAUUCUGGACAUCGUGCGCAUUGCUGAGCACGCCAGAUGCAGCCUGCACGAGCUUCGUGUGGUCUAUGCUUCGGCCAUGGAAGUCUAUCCUAAAGCCGACGAUUCUGGGUAUCGUGAGCUCUGCGUCAAGUACAUGCUGCUGCUUUGCGAGCUGGACACCAAUGAAGCACGCGAGUUUCACAAUCGACAGCGUGCUUUUGGCAUCACCAGCGAUGCACGGAUGUAUGUGGCCCGUGCUGAUCUGGAGGAAAGAGAAGGUCAUUCGGCAAAGGCAUUGAAAAUUCUUCAGGAAGGUCUCCGCAUAGGAGCAGGGCCUGCCGACAUACUAACCACUCAAAUCGCGGCAUUGCACACGCGGCUACCCAAGCACAGCGAAUCGGAACUUCAGCAAAUCUUGGAACCUCUGGAAGCCCAGACUGAAGCCCACGACACGACCAUUAAGAUGGAUGCGGGCGGCAGUAGUGGCAGCAUGUCGAAAGUCGUUGGAGUCGAAGAGAGGCACCGCAGCGGCACACAAACAGCACAAACAUGUGUGGAUGGCUCGACCCAAACAGAGUUUGCAAGUGAUGAAGGCAGGCCAGGCCGACGGUGGACGCGCAAACUGUCGGCCCACAAGUACCUGCAAAGAUGGUUGGGUGUCGAGCGUAGACGUUGCCUCCUGAGCUGCUUUGCUGGUUGGAAGGGCUUGGUGGACACAUCCGCGCAAGAGCGUCGAGAAGCGCUGUUUGAUUCUUUGCGCGGCCAACUGGACUUGGCCCAGCGUCGAUGCAGAGCAGCAGAGCAUUGUCUCGCAAAGGGGCAGUUGGAUGCCCGUGCGACUUGGUUUCGACUAGCGCUGCGAGCGUGGUAUUCGCUGGCCCAAUUGUGCAGCCAGAAGAAGAAGCUUGCGGAUGCGGCAUACCAGGAGGUCGUGCGACACUCUGCAAGUCUAGUCCUAUGGGCCUGGCAAAGGAUGUGUUUUCCGGCAGCUCGGAUCCAGGACACUGUCUGUGAGGCCGCCGUUGAGCCGGCAGCAUCGUUGGACAGCCUUCUGGAGGACUUCUGUCCGUUUGGUGAGGAGAACAGGCCUGCAGAGCAUUGUGAGCUAGCGUUCGAUGACCUCUCAGAGAAGCCUGCCGCAGGCAAGCCAAGUGGUGUCAUGGCAGGCUAUCCCUACCCAGAGCGACAACCGCUAGCGAGUGUGGCCAUGCAAAAUGCACGCCACAUGUCUGCUGAUGCAGACGAAGCCAAGCGUAUGCGGGGACCCGAACGUUUCUUUUAUGACACAUCAAGCUAUACAGGUUGUGCGAGGUAUGGGGGCCCGAUGAUAGUCGAAAAGAAAGAAAAUGCAUCCAUGCCGGCUAAAGCAGUCGGUGGAAAAGCAGCUGGCCCGACACAGUCCAGCACGUGUCCGCAGGGUCAAGUCCAGGCAGUCCAGGCAAAGCGCGGCAAGCCCUUCCUGCUUAGAUGA